AUGGCCUCUCCAGACGUCACCACCCAGCUCGCGCAACUCGAAGCCUCCUCCAACCCUCCGCAACGAUCCGAAGGCUACUCGCAGAUGCUCGACAACAUCCUCUCCACCUUCACCAGCAACGACCUCAGCGCCAACCUCACCGCCUACGUCCAGAGCAUACUGAGCGACAGCAUCGGUGUCAUUCACUCGCGACCACUCCUUUCCUCAUUCGUCGAAAAGUACAAGAGCAUAUCAGACAAUGAGGUCAAAAUCGAAGCCGGCACAGAGAUCGUGCAGCUCCUCGCGCCAAAGAUCGUCUCCUACGAGCAGCAAGACACGGAUCUCAAGUUCGUCCUAGCAGACGCCCACGAAGCAGAAGAAGACUUCACAAACUCCGCCAAGACUCUGCAGACCAUCGUGCUCGACAGCUCACAAGGCCGCGCAGUCACCGACGACGAGAAGGCCGCCAUCUGGAUGCGCAUCUGCCGCUGCUACCUGGAAGAGGACGACCCGACCAACGCGCUGAGCUACCUCAACAAGAUCAAGAACGUCAUCUUCAGCGUCACGGACCAAGCGGUCCGUUUGCAGUUCCAGCUCAGCCAGGCCCGCAUCAACGACUCCCAGCGCAACUUCCUCGACGCCUCGACAUCCUACCUCAUCCUCUCCAACGAGCCCGCAAUAGACGAGGAGGAGCGUUUGCGCGCCCUCAGCGCCGCCAUCACCACAGCAGUGCUCGCUCCCGCUGGACCCACCCGUGCCCGCCAGCUCGGCAAGCUCUACAAGGACGAGCGCGCAGCCGAGACACCCGAACACGGCAUCCUCGAGAAGAUCUUCCUAGACCGCCUCCUCUCACCCUCUGAAGUCGCCGCCUUCGCCUCCGGACUCGCAGACCACCAACUCGCCAAGACCUCCGACGGCAGCACCGUCCUCGACAAAGCCGUGCUCGAGCACAAUCUCGUCGCCGCAUCCCGCCUCUACCAGAACAUCCCUCUCGAGUCUCUCGGCGCUCUGCUCGGCGUGCCAGCUGACCGCGCGGAGGCUUACGCAGCAGCUAUGAUCGAAUCGAACCGGCUGAGCGGGAGCAUAGAUCAGAUCAGCGAGCUGGUGCAUUUCUUCCCGACGCCCGCUGGCCAGGACCCGAAUUCUGCGAAUGCGGUGGACCUGACGACGAGGGAUUUGCGGACCUGGGAUGCGAAUAUUACGCACUUGAGUGAGGAGGUCGAGAAGGUUAGUACGAUGUUGCAAAGGGAGGAGCCGAGGUUCUAUGAGAGUGUGAUGGCGAGCUAG